AGAUGUUGAACUUCCGAAGAGCUGCCAUUGCUUUUGUUGCUGCCUCUUCUAUCCAUCAGGUUGCUGAUGCUUUUUCUUCCUCUGGAUUCUCCCUCAGCCUCCGGUCUCCUCAAUCCUCUUCUGUCAGCAAGGCUGCUGCAGUGUCCCGCACCCAGGGGACCAGAUGCUUGAACGUGCGCAUGGGAUCGCUUGCUGAGAAGUACGGGCAUCUCCGUGGUGCUGAUAUUGAGCCAUGCGGAGCCGCUGUCGAGAGAUUCUACAAGCUGUUUGCUCGCCCUAUCCCAUUUGUGUUCAGAGCACCAACGAACGAAAUUCUCUAUUUGUCCCAUCUUGACCUUGUCAACGCUAUGUUUAGGUACGAUGUCAUUUGGGCUGCCGGUCUCUACUCCACCUUUGAUCUUUUCUUCUCUGCCCUCGAUGAGGACUUGCGUGCGAAUCUCUUCCAAGCUUUGAUGGGAGGGUUGAAGUUGGACCAGUCCAAGAUCAAGAGUGAUGCAGAUGCUGUCUUGCAGUGGGCACAGGGAAAGACUGAGGCUGAUGUUGUAAGCGCAAUCAAGGGGGAGGAUUCAAGCCCCGUCGGACAGGUCCUCGCUUCCUUGGGGAAGAAUGAGGACUUCCUCUACACGAGAAACUUCGGGGCUGGAUUGAUCAAGAUCAUGCAAGUGGUGGGAGUAGAGCCAAAUGCUGAAAACGCGAAGCGUUGGGCCGAGGUCUUGGGAUUUACCUCCAACACCUCCGCACUCUCUGGCCUGAGCGCUAGCAAGUUUGAAACGGAUGUUGGCUUGUUUUUGUCGUCUGUGGACAAAAUGCAGCAGGCAAUGCAGCUCUUUGCUGAAGUUGAGGCCCGUGAGAAGAAGAAGAUUGCAGAGAAGCUUGCAGAGAAGGCCGCCAGGGCUGCAGAAGAAGCAGCGAAGGAGAGCGCUUCAUCCUGAUAGUUUUCAAAUUGUUUUGAAUAAAUUCACAUCAGGAG